ACUUUACAUGUAUGAAUUGAACAAAUCGCAAUUUAACAAUAUUGUUGGAUACUUUUAAAAACGAAUUCAAAAUUUCACGAAUAAUCAAACAAAGUGAUGUUUUUCAUUCAUAUCAAAAUCUAAAAUAUUUUCAAACAUUAAAAUGACACAACCAAAGAAAACAAUAUUUGUUACCGUUGGCACUACCAAAUUUGAUGAGUUAAUCGCGACAAUGCUUAGUCGCGAAAUUUUAGAGGCAUUAUCGUCAAAGGGAUAUUAUGAAAUCAUUUUACAAAUUGGCAAAACAUCGUUUGUACCAGAUUGCAGCUCACGUUAUGGUUUUGUUAAUAUAGAAUAUUUCAAUAUGACUGCAAAUAUACUUUCUUAUGUACAAAAUGCUGAUCUUAUUAUAAGUCACGCAGGAGCAGGAAGUAUUCUAGAUGCUUUAGAAUGUAAGAAAAAUUUAAUUGUAGUUGCAAAUCAAAGUUUGAUGGAUAAUCAUCAAUUAGAAUUAGCUGAACAACUUUAUAAGGAUGGAUAUUUAUACUAUUGCACUUGCGAAACUUUAUUAAAUACUAUCCAAACUAUGAAUUUUAGUAAAUUAAGACCUUUUGUUAAUGAAAGGAGUAAACAAAUUGCUAAGCUUAUAGAUCAAAUAAUGGGAUUUUCAUCAUAAAGAGAAGUUUGAAAGAUAUUCAAGAAAUAACUUUUUUUACUUUUUAUUUACAACAAACAAUGAAUUUAAAAGAUUAAUAUUGAUAUUUUGUUUAAUAUAUAUUUAGAUUUUUAAUGUUUUAUAAUAUGGAUAUACAACAGCUUUAAUUAUUUAUUACAACAACAAUUACAAGAUAUAGCUUUAAUAUAAUUUACAACAAUAUAAUAAGAAUUAACUGUUCCUUAAAAUUAUGAUGUAGUAGCAUAGAAAAAUUUAUUAAUUAAUUUCUUAUUAAGAAAAAUGGUAACGAAGAAUAAUGGCAGUUAUUGUUAGAUACAUUUUAUAGCAUCUUUGGACAAUUACUAAUUGUUGAAAUAAAAGCUAUAUCAGUAAAAAUAUUUUCUAAAUACUGUACAAUAUUAAAAUAAAUUUAGUUUUUCAACAGA